AUGGGGCUCCUCAGGAUGAUGAUGCCGCCCAAGUUGCAGCUGCUGAUGGUGGUGGCCUUCUCAGUGGCGAUGCUCUUCUUGGAGAACCAGAUCCAGAAACUGGAGGAGUCCCAGUUCAAGCUAGAAAGGGCUAUUGCAAGACAUGAAGUUCGAGAGAUUGAGCAGCAACAUACAAUGGAUAGCCCUUGGCAAGAUGCAGCUUUAGAUGAGGAAGAGGACAUGGUGGUCAUUUAUAACAGAGUCCCCAAAGCUGCAAGCACCUCUUUUACCAAUAUUGCUUAUGAUCUAUGUGCAAAGAAUAAAUACCAUGUUCUUCACAUCAAUACUACCAAAAAUAAUCCAGUAAUGUCACUGCAAGAUCAGGUGUGCUUUGUAAAGAAUAUAACUUCCUGGAAAAAGAUGAAACCAGGGUUUUAUCAUGGGCACAUUUCUUAUUUGGCUUUUGCAAAAUUUGGUGUGAAGAAGAAGCCAAUUUACAUUAAUGUCAUAAGGGAUCCUAUUGAGAGGCUAGUUUCUUACUCUCACUUUCUGAGAUUUGGAGAUGAUUAUAGACCGGGGUUAAGAAGACAAAAACAAGGGGACAAAAAGACCUUUGAUGAAUGUGUAGCUGAGGGCGGCUCAGACUGUGCUCCAGAGAAGCUCUGGCUUCAAAUCCCAUUCUUCUGUGGCCACAGCUCAGAAUUUUGGAAUGUAGGAAGCAGGUGGGCUAUGGAUCAAGCCAAAUAUAACCUAGUUAAUGAAUAGUUUCUGGUGGGAGUUACUGAAGAGCUUGAAGAUUUUAUCAUGUUAUUGGAGGCAGCUUCGCCCUGGUUCUUCAGGGGUGCUACAGAACGCUAUUGUACAGGAAAGAAAUCUCACCUUAGGAAAACCACAGAGAAGAAACUCCCUACUAAACAAAUUGUUGCAAAGCUACAGCAGUCUGACCUUUGGAAAAUGGAGAAUGAGUUCUAUGAGUUGGCACUAGAGCAGUUCCAAUUCAUCAGAGCCCAUGCUAUACAAAAAAAAGAUGGAGACCUCUACAUCCUUGCACAGAAUUUUUUCUAUGAAAAGAUUUACCCUAAAUCGGACUGA